AUGUCCCCGAAGAAAAAGCCGCAAGAGAGCACCUUGUAUAAGAGACUAAAAAUAACCUUCAAAAUAAAACGUAAAAUCAUUGAAAAACAAAAACGAGGUGUGAGCGUGGCUGAUUUAGCACGCACAUACAAUCGGUCUACAUCAACCAUUUGCACCAUUCUCAAGAACAAGGGCAAGAUUAUGGAGGUAGAUGCUUCAAAGGGAGUGACAAGAAUAUCUACGCAAAGGUUACGUAUUCUCGACGAUGUUGAAAGGUUGCUGCUCAUAUGGAUAAACGAAAAGCAAUUGCAAGGCGACACAAUUAACGAAAGCAUAAUUUGUGAGAAGGCGAAAGUGAUUUUCGCCGACCUCGUUAAGAAGACGCCAGGAUCAUCAACGGCCAGAGAAGAAGUACAAUUUAAGGCAAGUCGUGGGUGGUUUGAGAAGUUUAAGAGAAGAACAGGUAUCCACAGCGUUGUGACGCACGGCGAAGCAGCAAGCUCCGACACAAAGGCAGCAGAGAACUUCAUCGCCGACUUCAAGAAGCUCGUAGAUUCUGAGGGUUAUUUGCCGCAACAAGUUUUUAAUUGUGACGAGACGGGUCUCUUCUGGAAAAAGAUGCCGAAGCGAACAUAUAUAACAGCAGAAGAGAAGCCAAUGAAAGACCGCCUCACGCUGCUAUUUUGUGCCAAUGCAAGCGGUGAUUUGAAAAUUAAACCGCUACUUAUAUACCAUUCAGAAACUCCACGAGCAUUCAAGAAGUGUAAAGUUCAGAGGAGCAAGCUAAAUGUGAUGUGGAGAUCCAACAAGAAGGCUUGGGUGACACGCGACAUUUUUACUGAUUGGAUUAAUGAAGUGUUUGGUCCUUCUGUGAAAAAAUAUUUGCUUGAGAUGAAUCUUCCACUCCAUGUCUUGCUUGUUAUGGACAACGCACCUGCUCAUCCUCCAAGCCUACAAAAUGAUCUCCUUGAAGAAUACAAUUUCAUCAAGAUCCAGUUUCUGCCUCCCAACACAACUCCGUUACUCUAG